CUUGGAGUAGUGAAGGAUACUUGGGAUCUGCUUGUGUUAAAGAAUUCCGGAAACACGGACCUUCCACCAUUUUUGUUUGCUUCGGAAGACUGACAUCUAUUUAAAAACGAACGGAAACAGACUUCACGGGGGACUUGUGAGUGAACUACUACAAAAAUAAAAGUUUUAUAAACACAACGAAACAAUAAACAAAUACAUAAAGGAAUUUGAUAUUUCUCUGUUCGGACACUCCCUGUGGGAACACACUACUUGUAUCGGAAGGGGCUAAGGCCUGGUCUCCUCAUAGGUGAUUCACCGUACUCACUCAAGCGUGAGAUCCCAUUUUUGUCAACGGCGGUAUAUAUAAACCAACCAUGGAUGAAAGCGAGGCACAGUUCUAUGACGAGGACGAGGAAGAGAUGCCGGCAACGGAGAGAGACUUAGCGGACGACGCUCAAUGGAAAAUCAUUCAGAAGAACACCUUCUCCAGGUGGGCUAAUGAACACCUGAAAACGGUGAACAAGCUCUUAAAUGAUUUGGAAACCGAUCUAAGCGAUGGAUUACGUUUAAUUGCGCUAGUUGAAGUACUAUCCGGCAAGAGCUUUAAAAAGAUCAACAAGAGGCCCAACUUCAGAACCCAGAAACUCGAAAAUGUUACUAUGGUUUUGGAGUUCCUGGAGAGGGAUGAGGGAAUCAGAAUUGUUAAUAUCGACAGUACAGAUAUUGUGGACCAUAAGCUGAAAUUGAUCCUCGGUUUGAUAUGGACCCUCAUUCUCCACUACUCUAUUUCAAUGCCCAUGUGGGAGGGCGAGGAACCAGGACCAUCAGAGGGCGGACCCACACCCAAACAGAGGCUUCUCAACUGGGUACAGGGCAAGGUACCCGAUCUGCCAAUUCGGAACUUCACCACCGACUGGAACGAUGGAAAGGCCAUCGGAGCUUUGGUUGAUGCUGUUGGACCCGGUCUCUGCCCUGACUGGGACAACUGGGAUCCCAAGAAGAAGAAGGAUAAUGCAAAAGAAGCUAUGGAUGCAGCCGAAAAAUGGUUGGGUGUCCCUCAGCUGCUUGAGCCGAAAGAUAUGAUCAACCCCAAGGUUGAUGAGCUGUCAAUGAUGACAUAUCUGUCCCAGUUCCCCAAAGCCCAGCUCAAGCCUGGUGCACCUCUGCGUCCCAGACUCAACCCAAACAGGGUUCGCGCCUACGGCCCAGGUCUCGAGGCCACUGGUAACCAGGUCGGUGCCCCAGCACGUUUCACCGUAGAAACUUUCAGUGCUGGCAAAGGAACAUUGGAGGUUACCCUCAUUAACCCUAAGGGUCAGAAGGAGACCUGUGAGUGUGUCUUCAACAAUGACAGGAACCUGACCUACUCAUGUGUAUAUACUCCAAAGAUGGAGGGAGAGUACAGGGUAAUCAUCAAGUUCGGAGAUAAGGAGAUCCCAAAGAGUCCAUUCUGUGUGAAGGUAGAGGGCGCUGCUGGCGAUGCUUCCAAGGUAACAGCUUCUGGACCUGGAAUCCAGAAAACCGGAGUUGUUGCUGGAAAGAGGACACAUUUCGAAGUUUUCACCAAGAAUGCAGGGGGCUCCAAAUUGGUAGGAAAAGAUGCUGGCAAAGGCAACGUUGAUGUAGUCAUCUUGGACAGCCACGGUCGCAAGGACACUGUCCGAGCCAGUAUUACAGCUGUUGCUGGAAAGGAAGCUACCUACAUGGUGGAAUAUGUGCCUUUAGAGCCUGGACAGCACUCUGUCAACAUCUACUUUGCUGGACACCAGAUUCCAAACAGUCCAUAUGGCGUUGGUGUUGCCCCAGUUGGAAAAGGGCCUGCCGCUAAACAGCCCCCGGGUAAACAGCCCGCCCCUGCCUCUAACGCCAAGAUGUGCUAUGCCACUGGACGUGGUGUCCAGCCUACUGGAGUCCGUGUUAAAGAUCAAGCCACAUUCAAAGUACACACCAAAGGAGCAGGAACCGCAGAGCUCAAAAUACAGAUAAUACAACCAGGAGGUGCUGAGUUAAAGUGUACAUCAGUGAAGUCUAAGACUGAGGACGGAGUCUGGGAGUGUGUCUAUGUUCCUUCUGUCAAGGGACAGUACAUCAUCAACAUCACCUACGGUGAACAACAUAUCACAAAGAGUCCCUUCAAGGUCGAGGUUGGCCCCACCAAGGUAUCUAAGAUCAAGGCCUACGGACCAGGAUUGGAAGGAGGCGUUGUUAAUCAACCAGCUGUCUUCACCGUGGAAACCAACGGCGAAACUGGAGCUCUCGGAUUCUCCAUUGAGGGUCCAUCACAAUGUAAGAUCGAUUGUAAAGACAACAACGAUGGCUCUGCUGACGUAACCUACUAUCCCAAGGCCGAGGGUGAAUAUGCCGUACAUGUGCUCUGUAACAAAGAGGAUAUCCCACAGUCUCCCUUCAUGGUGCCCAUCAAACCCGCAACCAAGGAAUUUGAUGCCACAAAGGUCAUUGCUAAAGGCCCUGGUCUGGAGAAGACAGGAGUCAAGGUUAGCACCUGGGCUGAGUUCACUGUGGAUGCCAAGAAGGCUGGCAAAGCUCCGCUGAAGAUUUCAUGUUUAGAUGUUGACCUCAAACCUGUCGAGGUCCAGAUUAAAGACAAUAAGGAUGGAACAUACUCCUGUAAAUACAUGACCAAGCGUGCCGUAAAACACACCAUCACCAUCACCUGGGGCGGUGUACAGAUCCCCAACAGUCCAUUCAGGGUGAUGGUUGGAGAGCAGUCCAAACCCGGAAAUGUCAAGGUUUACGGUCCAGGCGUGGAGAAGGGAGUGAAGACAGGAGUAAAAACUCAUUUCGUUGUCGACUGUAAGACAGCUGGUCCAGGUGAUAUCAGCAUUGCUUUGACUGACGAGCGUGGAAAAGAUGUCCCCGUCAAAACCGUGGACAACAAAGAUGGCACAUUCAGAAUUGAAUACGAGCCAAAGACACCUGGAACUUAUGUUGUACAGGUGUACUUUGCAAACAGUGAGAUUCCGAAAAGUCCCAUUAAAGUUAACGUUGAGUCCAGUAUUGAUCUCAGCAAGGUCAAGGUCGUAGGAUUAGAUACACCAAUGAAAGUCAAUGAACCACGACAGGUUGAUAUUAUUACAAAGGAUUGUGGGAAAUCUCCUACACCUGCCACUCUCACAGUUCUCUCCCCUACCAAAAAGAAGCGGGACAUUCCCGUAAAGGAAACCCCACAGGGAUACACUGCCUCAGUCACAAUGUUGGAACCUGGCCUCCACAAGGCCACAGUCACAUACGCCGGAAAAGAAGUCCCUAAAUCUCCAUUCAAUGUCAAUGUCACCCCAGACUUGUCUGCAAAGGUCAAAGCCUAUGGACCCGGCCUUAAGGGCGGAAAGGCACAUCAGCCUUGUACUUUCACUGUAGACACAAGAGAAGCAACUGCCCCAGGAGGUCUUGGCGUUACGAUUGAUGGACCUAAAGAGGCGAAGAUUGAUUGUGUUGAUAACGGUGAUGGCACAUGUAACUUCACUUACGUGCCUGAAGUUGAGGGAGAAUAUCGUGUCAACAUCACAUAUGCCGAACAACCUAUUCCAAACUCACCAUUCAAGGCCAAGAUCCUGCCUGGACCUAAGGUUGAUGCCACCAAAGUCAAGGUCGUUGGUUUGGACAAACCAAUCAAAGUUGGUGAAGUUAGGCCAGUUGACAUUAUAACAACUGCUGCUGGUAAAUCAGACCAGCCUGCAAAGCUUUCUGUUCUCUCUCCAACUGGCAAGAAGAAGGAUGUUCCCGUAAAAGAAACACCUCAGGGAUACACUUGUCAGUUUAGUGUACAGGAACCAGGCCCACACAAGGUCACAGUGACCUAUGAUUCCAAGGAGGUCCCUAAGUCCCCAUUCACUGUCAACGCUGUGCCUGACCUGUCCAGCAAGGUCAAGGCCUAUGGACCCGGUCUCAAGGGAGGAAAGGCUCACCAGCCUUGUACCUUUACUGUAGACACAAGGGAGGCAACUGCCCCAGGAGGUCUUGGUGUUACUGUGGAAGGUCCAAAGGAGGCCAAGAUCGAAUGUGUAGACAAUGGCGAUGGCACCUGUAAUUUCACUUACUUCCCUGAGGUGGAAGGCGAGUACAGUGUCAAUGUGACAUAUGCUGAACAGGCAAUCCCCAACUCUCCCUUCAAGGUCAAGAUUAAUCCUGGACCAAAGAUCGAUGUCAGUAAAGUCAACGUACUUGGACUGGACAAACCGAUGAAAGUCAAAGAACCACGACAGGUUGAUAUAGUAACCACUGCUGCCGGUAAAUCAGAUACACCAGCCAAGCUUUCUGUAUUGUCCCCCUCUGGAACCACAAAGGAGGUUCCAGUGAAGGAAACCCCCCAGGGUUACACAGCUGCAGUAACCAUGUUAGAACCCGGACCACACAAGGUUAAUGUCGCUUAUAACGGAAAGGAGGUACCGAAGUCACCAUUCACAGUUGAUGUCCAGCCAGAGGUCGCAGAUAAGGUCAAAGCUUAUGGACCUGGCUUGGAAGGAGGAAAGUCUAAUCAGCCAUGCACUUUUACUGUGGACACAAGAGAAGCAACUACCCCUGGAGGUCUUGGUGUUACCGUUGAAGGACCCAAGGAAGCCAAGAUCGAUUGUGUUGACAAUGGCGAUGGAACUUGUAACUUCACCUAUAUGCCUGUUGAGGAAGGAGACUACAAGGUCAAUAUCACUUAUGCUGACCAGCCAAUCAAAAACUCUCCAUUCACUGCCAGGAUCGAGCCCGGACCAAAGAUGGAUCUGAGCGGAGUAACAGCCUACGGACCUGGUCUUAAUCCCACCGGUGUAUUUUUGGAAUCCCUUUCGGAGUUCACUGUUGAUGCCAAGUCCGUCACACCUGUUGGUGAAGGCAACAUCCGUGCUAUCAUCACCAGCCCAAGUGGAACCAAGCAUGACAGCAUCGUCACAAACAAAAAGGAUGGCACCUACAAUGUUCUCUACACUCCAGAGGAACAAGGUCCCACAACCAUUGAUGUUACUUACGACAGCAUGCCUAUCCCAAAGAGCCCCUUCAAGGUGAACACUGUUCCAGGGAACGAUGCCAGCCGAGUCAGUGCUUACGGGCCAGGAUUGGAAGGUGGAUACUCGUGUGAUACCCAGCAGUUUACUGUUGAUGUUAAGAAUGCUGGCCAGGGAGGCAUUGGUCUUGCUAUCAACGGACCCGUGGAAGCCCAGAUUAACUGUAAUGACAACCGUGAUGGAACUCUCACUGUUGACUAUCUGCCCACAAAGCCCGGAGACUAUGAUGUAAACAUCAGCUUUGCUGACCAACCCAUCCCAGGGUCGCCAUUCAACGUAGCGAUCAAAAACCCAGUGAAUCCUGCCAAGGUCCAGUGCUACGGCCCUGGACUGGACAGCAAGAAUGUUCGCGAAGGCUCUCCCGCUACCUUCACAGUGGACACUACUGAGGCCGGAGAGGCUCCCCUGGAGGUCACUUACACAGACAACCAAGGAAACAAACGUCCAGCAGAAUUACAGCCUGUCAGCGAGGGUAAGGUCAACGCCACCUACUAUCCACAGGAGGAAGGCAAGUGCAAAGUUGAAGUCAAGUAUGCUGACCAACAGGUGCCAGGCAGUCCAUUUGCUAUGCAAGUACAACCUACCUGUGAUCCCAGCCGUGUUCUUGUCACGGGGUCUGGAGUAGGACCUAACGUCCAUGCCAGCAAGCCUGUCUCUUUCACCAUUGACACCAGCCAGGCCGGAGUUGGUGACCUUGAAGUCACAGUAAUGAGACCAGAUAACUCCUACAUUAGCCCAGUAGUCCAGGACAAUGGCGACGGCACCUUCACCGUGUCCUACAUCCCAGAUGAUCUUGGACAAUACAAAAUCAAUGUCAAGUUUGGUGGCAAAAACGUACCCAACUCACCUUUCAAAGUCAAGGCCAUGUCUCCUGCUUGUGAUGCCAGCAAAUGUAGAAUCACAGAGGGACUGGACAACAAAUUUGUUCCAAUCAACAAGGAGACUGUGAUCACUGUGGACGCCUCACAGGCAGGAGACGGUAAGGUCACCUGUCGCAUCCGCAGCCAAAGUGGAAAUGACAUUGACAUUGACAUCGUGGAGAAUCCUGAUGGUACUUUCAGCCUUCUAUUUACCCCUCAAGUCGCUGGUGCCUACACAAUCAACAUCAAGUUUGGUGGUCAGCCCAUCCCAGGUGGUGAUUACAAAAUCGAGGUUGGUGCGGUAGAAGAGCAGCUUUUGAGCGCAGAUACCGUAGAUAACGUUCAAGCAUCUCUUCCGUGUCAAGGUCUUUUCCAGCCCGUAGAUUUCUGUAUCCCCGUAGGACCGAUCUUCAAUUUUGUAGACGCGUAUGUUAUAAUGCCAUCGGGAGAAAAGGCCUACCCAAAGAUCGAGGACAACAAGGAUGGCACUGUCACAGUUAGGUACCAACCUACGGAUACUGGACUUCAUGAACUUCAUGUCAACUACAACAGUGUGCCCAUAUCUGGAAGUCCGUUCCAGUUCCACGUAGAUGCAGUAAACAGUGGUCAUGUGACUGCCUAUGGUCCUGGCCUGUGUCAUGGAGUGGUUAACGAACCUGCAGAGUUCACCAUAGUAACCAAGGAUGCUGGUGCAGGUGGUCUGUCCCUGGCCAUUGAAGGUCCAUCCAAGACUGAGAUUAAAUGCCAGGAUAACGGAAAUGGCACUUGCACAGUAUCUUACAUACCAACAGCCCCUGGGGAGUAUAACAUUACCUGUAAAUUCGCAGAUCAACACAUCUCUGGUUCGCCUUUCACCGCCAAAAUCACUCCCUCUACUGAGGUGAAGAAACGUGCCCAGAUCGGUCGUAGUAGUGAGGUAUCACUCAAGGUCACUGAAUCUGAUAUUGGUAGUCUGAUGGCCACUAUUAGAACGCCAUCGGGCAACGAGGAACCCUGCCUGCUCAAACGUUUAGCCAAUGGUCACUUAGGAAUCUCGUUUACUCCCCAUGAAGUUGGAGAGCAUUUAGUCAAUGUAUUUAGGAAUGGAACACACAUCACUGGCAGCCCCUUCAAAAUCUACGUGGGCGAGAGUGAACUCGGAAAUGCCAGCAAGGUCCGCGUCAGUGGUCCAGGCCUGCAGACAGGAAUGGCCAAUGAAAUUAAUGAAUUCACUGUGGAUACUAGGGAUGCAGGCUACGGUGGUCUGAGUCUGUCCAUUGAAGGCCCCAGCAAGGCUGACAUUGAAUGUCUGGACAAUGAAGAUGGAAGUUGUCGUGUAACUUACAAACCAACUGAGCCUGGAAAUUAUGUCAUUAACAUCAAAUUCGCCGACGAGCAAGUGCCAGGAAGUCCAUACACAGUGAAGAUUGGGGGAGAGUCUUCUUCCAGAAUUACAGAGAGGAUCACACGCCACAGAGAGGCUGCAGAUAUCACUCAUAUUGGCAGUCAGUGUGAACUCAGUCUUAAAAUCCCCGUUCAAUACUUAGCCAAAAUUGGUGCCUUUCGGAUAUUAGAAACUCAUGUUUCCAAAGGGACAAGUCCUUUUGAUAUGACAGCGUCGGUAACCAGUCCAACAGGUGUUACAGAGUUGUGUGACAUCAUUAGUUUAGAUGACAGCCACUAUAGUAUUAAAUUUGUUCCAAAGGAAAUGGGAGUACACACCGUUUGUGUGAAACACAAGGAUAUGCAUAUUCCAGGUAGUCCAUUUGAGUUUACAGUAGGUCCUAUUGCUGGUGGAGGUUCUCACAAGGUGCACGCUGCUGGUCCUGGUCUGGAGAAGGGGGAAAUCAACCAACCAUGUGAGUUUAACAUCUACACACGUGAGGCUGGAGCUGGCGGUUUGUCAAUUGCUGUAGAAGGACCUUCUAAGGCUGAGCUUGACUUUGAUGAUCGUAAGGACGGCUCAUGUGGUGUCAGCUACACAGUGACAGAGCCUGGAGAGUACAUGGUUUCCAUCAAGUUUAAUGAUGAACACAUACCCCAGUCACCAUACAGAGUCUACGUCACCCCAAGCAUAGGCGAUGCCCGCAAGCUGUCCGUGUCCGCACUCCAGUCAAAGGGACAAGGAAUUGGCAAGCCAUGCUCAUUCGUAGUUCACUUCAAUGGUGCCCAACCAGGCAAGAUCAAGGCAAUGGUUCUGACCCCCUCUGGUGCUGAGGAGGAGGGCUUUAUCCAGGAAAUUGAUGAGGGUGAAUAUGCUGUUCGGUUCAUCCCAAGAGAAAAUGGUCCCCACAUGGUGUUUGUCAGCUAUGACGGAUGUCAGAUCCCAGAGAGCCCAUUCCGUAUCAUGAUUGGAAAGAUUGAUGCCGAUCCAGGCAUGGUAAACGUAUCAGGAGAUGGACUUAGGAUGGGAACAACUGGUGAGCCAGCCAAAUUCUUCGUGAAUACGUGUAACGCUGGAAGUGGAGCUUUGGCUGUGACAGUUGAAGGACCCUCCAAGGUCAAACUCGAGUGUAAGGAAACAGAGGAGGGUUAUGAGUUCACAUACAAACCCACCGCCCCUGGAGAUUACCUUAUCUCUAUCCGAUAUGCUGGUUCUUACGUCGCCGGUAGUCCAUUUAAGGCAAAAAUUACAGGACAAGGAAAGGCAUCAAGCAUGCAGGAGUUGUCAACGUGCCUUGUGGAAACCGUCACAAAGACAAGCAUUAUGAGCAGAUUCACCAACCUUCCCAAAUUUCAGUCAGAGGCUGCGAAUGUCACAUGUGAGGGUAAUGGAAUGAAGAAAGCUUUCCGUGGCAAACAGUCCACAUUCACCGUCGACACAACGAUGGCUGGUGUCAACAUCUUGUAUGUGGGUAUGGUUGGACCGAAGGGGCCUUGCGAGGAAUUGUGUGUAAAACACCAGGGCAGUGGCGUCUACAAAAUUAACUACAUCGUCAAGGAAAUGGGAGAGUAUAUGUUAGUCGUCAAGUGGGGACCGGAUCACAUCCCAGGCAGUCCCUUCUGUGUCAAGGUCAACUAGUAACAAGGUCAUCUAGAAGGAAAUCAUUAAAAAAAUGAUUGUGCUUAUGACAUUAAAAAUAUAUGUCAGAGUAUAAUGACAUUUUGCUUACAACAUUGAAAAUAAUGUUUAUUUGCUUAAAAAAAAAGUCAUAAAUUGUAUAUAUGGUAAAAGUGCUGAGAUGACGAGCAGUUGAUGUUUUUAAUCAAGAAAUGUUGGAAAGGAAUUGCAGUGAUUUUCGUGAAGCAGAUAUAGACCUAUUGUUAACCAUAGCCAAAACAAGCUGCAUAGAAAAAUAUGUUUGUGUGGAGUUCUGUUGUUGAAUAUUUCUACCAAACAUGUAUCUCUAUUGCCAGCCUCAGCAUUUAGAUAUUUUAGAUUUUGAAGUGCAAUAAUAUGCUUUACACAAUUUGGAUUAAACAUCUGAAUGCCAAAAAAAAAUAGAUGUUUUCUCCAGGAAAUAUGCUCAUUGAACAAAUAAUGUGUGCUUAUGUAUGAAAUAUCAGUGAGGAGAAAAGUUCCUCCCCUCUUGGACCACAUAGACCUUUCAAGAUCACAAGAUGGAAUUGUCAACUGUAGAAAUUAAGGGGGAACAGGUUCCUUGUUGAUUUAUGAUACUAUCCAACAUGAUACAACAUUGUACAACAUCAUACUGAGGGUUGACAUUCGGAAUAUUGUUGAACAAUAGUGCAACACUUUCUCUUGCCAUAGUACAAUUUCUCUGUAUAAAUAUCUGCAUCAUUAGUUGAUAUGUGUUGUUAUUGCUAGAAAUAACCAAUUUAAUUGUAGAUUUUUAUUAAAGCUUUUUGAGAGAUUUUAUUAUGAAGUUUAAAUACUGUUCUUUUGUCCAGUACAUUUACAAAUGGUGCUUUGUUUAGUUGGUGAAGAAUGUGGACUUUCUUCCAAUUAUGAGAAGUGAGGGUGUAGAAAAUAUUUUGACUUUGUGGAAUAAUUUGAUCGAGCAGAAAUGUACAAAAAAAAAAAUUAAUGUGGUAAGUUUAGAAUCAUUAAGUUACCAUAGCAAGUUUUAUAUUUUCUAAAUAUUGGCUGAUCAAUGUCACAAAAAAGGUGUUUGUUAAUUUGAACUCUUCUCAUGACACAUGUCUUGUAACUAGUAAAAUACACAUCUCUAUAGUUUUAUUCUCUUGGAUUGCGAGAGAGAAAAUUGGUUGUAUAGCUAUCAGUUCUAACUAUUUAAUCUUGUGUUUGAAAUCUUAUAUUAUAGACCUUCGCAGAAGGGUAUUAUUAUCAAUAAAUUAUAUUAUAUGCGAAUGAAUGAUGAAGUACGAAAUAAAGAUUUGACUUUG